AUGGCGAGCAACGCCCUGAAACAAGCAACCGCUCCAUUGACGCUACAGCAAGCGCAGACGAACGCGUUACUUUCACUGCUUAACCUAAAUAACCCGGUGGAAUCCACAGGUACAGCAGCCGCGUCAUUGGGCAAAUCGGGCACCGGUCCCAAGGUGCCUACAACAGGCCCACCGGUGUGGAAGGUCCUUGUCCUCGACCAACAGACCAAGGAUGUGCUCGCGACGGUCCUACGCGUUCAGGACCUACGCGAUAUUGGCGUCACCCUUCACGUGCAGUUGCACUCACCUCGACCACCCUUGCCCGACGUCCCCGUAGUUUAUUUUGUCUCUCCGACGCUCCCGAAUAUCAAACGCAUAGCAGAGGACUUGGAGAAGGGCCUGUACGCCUCAUACCACCUCAAUUUCUCGGAGCCGCUGCCGCGGUCAUUGUUGGAGGAGCUGGCGGCUGCGGUUGCAAGAGAUGGCACAGGGGAGCUAGUCGAAGAGGUGGUUGACCAGUACUUGUCAUUCAUCGCACCCUCAGCGUCUCUCUUCUCCCUUCUUCCACCUCCACCUCCACCAUCGGUACAGCCUGAACCCGGGCCAUCUCACCUCAUAUCUUCCUACCACAUACUUAACUCCCCAUCCUCCUCAGAGCAAUGUAUAGAAGCGGAAAUUGAGCGGAUCGCCAAUGGCUUGUUUAGCACCGUCGCUACACUGGGCCAAGUCCCUAUCAUCCGUGCGCCGAAAGGAAACGCGGCUGAGAUGAUCGCAAAAAAGCUCGAAACGCUCAUACGCGACUCUAUCCUUACCGCGUCUCGCUCACAUGGCCCUUCCUUGUUCUCUCAAGACACGGUGGGCUUAUCGAAUCUGCAGCGGCCACUGUUAUUGAUCCUCGACAGGAACAUCGACCUUGUCCCUAUGAUGUCACAUGGCUGGACAUAUCAAGCUCUUGUCUCAGAUUGUCUCGAGAUGAAACUGAACCGUGUGGUCGUUACUCAGUCUCAGAAGAGGUCCUACGACCUCGACUCGAAGGAUUUCUUCUGGGCUAAGCAUGCUGCCAACCCCUUCCCACAGGUGGCCGAAGAUAUCGACACUGAACUCAACCGGUACAAGCAAGAUGCGGCCGAGCUCACAAGAUCAACUGGCGUCAGCGAUGUCAAUGACAUCUCACAACUGGACCUCUCGACAAACGCUACCCAUUUGAAGACCGCCAUCACUCAACUACCAGAGCUCACCGCGCGCAAGGCUACACUAGACACACAUAUGAACAUCGCUACUGCUCUCCUUGAGGAGAUCAAGAAACGCGGUAUGGACGAGCUUUUCAGCACUGAAGAGGCGAUGAACAAGCAGACUGUAGCCUCCGUCCUCGAAAUCCUCCGCUCGUCGAAAUCAGAGGGCCAACCCAACGCGGUCGACAAACUUCGCCUUGUCCUCGUGUUCUACCUCUCUUCUCCGGACAACGCCAUUUCCAAGGAUGACAUCGCAGAGCUCGAGAACGAGCUCAAAAAAGCGGGAGCCGAUAUCGAUGCGUUUGAGUACGUCAGGCGAAUGAGGGAAAUAUCUCGUAUGAUUGUGUCCAGCGCCGCUGCUGGUGGCGCGACGCCAGUUCUUGGCGGAGGGGGUCAAGGCGACAAUAUCUUCAGAGGAUUCAGUUCUCUGAGCAAUCGCCUCGCCGGCCGUUUCGAAGGCGGAGGCCUGGGAGACCUUAUCUCGGGCGUCAAAAAUUUCCUGCCCACCAACAAGCUUUUCACGGUCACUCGGCUCGCGGAGGCGCUCAUGGACUCCUCCUCGGCCUCGAACCAGUCCCUCCAGGAAACUGAUGAAUACGUGUUUCUCGACCCUCGUGCGCCGCGGACGAGCAACGCCAACCCGUAUGGUGUAUCAGGACCAGUAGGUGGUGCUGCCCGCGCGCGACGCAUGGCUUUCCAGGAGGGCACGGUAUUCAUGGUUGGCGGCGCCGGCUAUGUUGAGUAUGGAAACCUGGAGGAGUGGGCUGGCAGGACUGGAAAGAAGCUCACGUAUGGUGGGACGGAGAUUUGGGACCCUGAGGGGUUCGUGAAGGCAUUGGAGCGGUUGGGCAAGGAACAGUCGUAGGCAUGUUGAUAGGACCGAGUCGUUAGGCUUUUCUGUGUUGAUUUGGUUUUUGUGUUUUGAGUAUCAGGGACAUUUUCAUGAUACUUACGUAUUGUUCGUUGCAUUUUUCUACGGCAAGGUCUGGUGACCAUCGCCGAAGUAAUGGCAUGCAUAACAUUC